AUGGCCAGCCCCGCGGAGCCGCUCGCUCCCCGCCCCCAGGCCCCCCUGCCGGCGGCCGAGGACGAGCCCGGCCCCGGCACCGGCAAACUCCGCCCGGAGCCCUGGCGCGGCGCGGCCGGCGGGGGGAGCGCGGCGGGCCCGGGCCCGGCCCCCGAACGGCCUGGCCGCGGCCGGGCCGAGCGAGCCGCGCCCCCGCGCCCGCCCCCCUCCUCCGCAGGCCGCGCCGGCCCCGCCGGGGGCCCGGGCGCCCCGUGUGCGCGCGGCGGCGGCGGCGGCGGCUGGGUCUCGGCCCGCGCUCCCUUAGCGCUCGCCCUCUCCUCCCCUGUCCCCUCCUCCUCCUCCUCUCCAUCUUCCUUUUACUUCUGGCCGCCGCCCCCCCCGCCCCCUCCUUCUCUUCUCCCCUCCUCAUCUGCCUUUCACCUCCCCGUGCGUCUCCCAGGAAGGGAGGGCGCGGCGGCGGCGGCGGCGGCUGGAGGAGGCGGCGGCGAUGCUGGCGGCGGCGGAGCCCCGGCGGCAGCUCGCUUGAGCGUCCCUCCCGGCGGCAGUCCCCGCGGCGGCGGGCGGCGGCGGCUCUUCCUCUGCUCCGCGCUUCAGGGUUUGCUGCUCCCGGCCCGCGCCGGGCUCCGGCUCCCGCUCGGCCCGGCCGCCCGCCGCGCGGGCUCCCCCGGCUUCCCGGGCGCCGGCGGGGGCUGCCCCGGCCCCAGCCCAGGCGGCGGCGGCCGAACCCCGCGGCGGCCCCGAGGCGCCGGCUUCGCCCUCGCCGCCGCGUCGCCCCUGCUCUUCGGCUCCGACAUGGAAGAUGGACCUUCUAAUAACGCGAGCUGCUUCCGAAGGCUGACGGAGUGUUUCCUGAGCCCCAGUCUGACAGAUGAAAAAGUGAAGGCGUAUCUUUCCCUUCAUCCCCAGGUGUUAGAUGAGUUUGUAUCUGAGAGUGUUAGUGCCGAGACCGUAGAAAAAUGGCUGAAGAGGAAAAACAACAAGCCAGAAGAUGAAUCGGCUCCUAAGGAAGUCAGCAGGUACCAAGAUACGAAUAUGCAGGGAGUUGUGUAUGAAUUAAACAGCUACAUCGAACAGCGAUUGGAUACAGGAGGAGACAAUCAGUUACUCCUUUAUGAAUUGAGCAGCAUCAUUAAAAUAGCCACAAAAGCUGAUGGAUUUGCACUGUAUUUCCUUGGAGAGUGCAAUAACAGUCUGUGUGUGUUCACCCCCCCUGGAAUCAAGGAAGGGAAACCCCGGCUCAUCCCUGCCGGGCCCAUCGCCCAGGGCACCACCAUCUCUGCCUACGUGGCCAAAUCCAGAAAAACGUUGCUCGUGGAAGACAUCCUUGGGGACGAACGAUUUCCAAGAGGUACUGGCCUGGAGUCUGGGACUCGUAUACAGUCUGUUCUUUGUUUACCGAUUGUCACUGCAAUCGGUGAUUUGAUUGGCAUCCUUGAGCUGUAUCGGCACUGGGGCAAAGAAGCCUUCUGUAUGAGUCAUCAGGAGGUCGCGACAGCAAAUCUUGCCUGGGCUUCAGUAGCCAUCCAUCAGGUGCAGGUGUGCAGAGGCCUUGCCAAGCAGACCGAAUUGAAUGACUUCCUACUUGACGUAUCCAAGACAUAUUUUGAUAACAUAGUCGCAAUAGACUCUCUACUUGAACACAUAAUGAUAUAUGCAAAAAAUCUGGUGAAUGCCGACCGUUGUGCACUUUUCCAGGUAGACCAUAAGAACAAGGAGUUAUAUUCAGACCUUUUUGAUAUCGGAGAGGAAAAGGAAGGAAAACCUGUCUUCAAGAAGACCAAAGAAAUCAGAUUUUCAAUUGAGAAAGGGAUUGCUGGUCAGGUAGCAAGAACAGGGGAAGUCCUGAACAUUCCAGAUGCCUAUGCAGACCCACGCUUCAACAGGGAAGUGGACUUGUACACGGGCUACACCACGCGGAACAUACUGUGCAUGCCCAUCGUGAGUCGGGGGAGUGUCAUAGGCGUGGUGCAGAUGGUCAACAAACUGAGCGGUAGUGCCUUCUCGAAAACGGACGAGAACAACUUCAAGAUGUUUGCUGUCUUCUGUGCGUUAGCCCUACACUGUGCCAAUAUGUAUCACAGGAUCCGACAUUCCGAGUGCAUUUACCGGGUGACGAUGGAGAAGCUGUCCUACCACAGCAUCUGUACCGCGGAAGAGUGGCAAGGCCUCAUGCACUUUAACCUCCCGGUGCGCCUCUGCAAGGAGAUCGAAUUAUUCCACUUUGACAUUGGUCCUUUUGAAAACAUGUGGCCUGGGAUUUUUGUCUACAUGGUCCAUCGGUCCUGUGGGACAUCCUGCUUCGAGCUCGAAAAGUUGUGUCGUUUCAUCAUGUCCGUGAAGAAGAACUACCGGAGGGUUCCUUACCACAACUGGAAACACGCGGUCACCGUGGCGCACUGCAUGUAUGCCAUACUCCAGAACAACCACGGGCUUUUCACCGACCUGGAGCGCAAAGGGCUGCUCAUUGCGUGUCUGUGUCACGACCUGGACCACAGGGGCUUCAGUAACAGCUACCUGCAGAAAUUUGAUCACCCCCUGGCCGCCCUCUACUCUACGUCCACCAUGGAACAGCACCACUUCUCCCAGACGGUGUCCAUCCUGCAGCUGGAAGGGCACAAUAUCUUCUCCACCCUCAGCUCCAGUGAAUACGAACAGGUGCUUGAGAUCAUCCGUAAAGCCAUCAUUGCCACAGACCUUGCUUUGUACUUUGGAAACAGGAAGCAGCUGGAGGAGAUGUACCAGACCGGAUCGCUAAACCUUAAUAAUCAAUCACAUAGAGACCGUGUCAUUGGUUUGAUGAUGACUGCCUGUGAUCUUUGUUCCGUAACAAAACUGUGGCCGGUUACAAAACUGACAGCAAAUGAUAUAUAUGCAGAAUUCUGGGCUGAGGGUGACGAGAUGAAGAAGCUGGGAAUACAGCCCAUCCCCAUGAUGGACAGAGACAAGAAGGACGAGGUCCCACAGGGCCAGCUGGGCUUCUACAACGCCGUGGCCAUCCCCUGCUAUACGACCCUCACCCAGAUCUUCCCGCCCACGGAGCCUCUCCUGCAGGCGUGCAGGAAUAACCUGAGCCAGUGGGAGAAGGUGAUCCGAGGGGAGGAGAGUGCCGUGUGGGUCUCGUCCCAGCCGGGGGCCCACGAGCCAUCCGAGAAGCUGCCAGUGAAGAUGGGGGACUGACCGCUACGCGACCAGCUGUCCCACCUGAAUACGCCCGUCCUGCUUCUUUGACUUUUCUUCCUUUUAUUUUUGGGGGGGAAACCUACACCUGGUAACUGGGCUGCAGACCUCUUCGACAAGGUGACAUCGGGAAACACGGCAAGCGGAUGACUCUCCGCCAGUCUCGUCUGUAACGCAUCGUAGACGGUGACCAACCGGGACCACCCCGGGGCCAGAUCGGCUGUCCACGUGACCCCGUUUGACCUGUGAACUGGCCUUUUCUAAUAGGCGCAUAUUGCUGAGGCCUUAAUGGGAUAGGACAACAAUCAUUCAGAAGGGGGUACUUUUCCAUUGUAUCUUUCUAGUGAGGGGUCAAAAUGGUACUACUCUGAUAUUGUACUUUGGCUCUAACACCAAUGUUGCUUUGACGUUGUUGGUUCUAAAUAGGAAUUUUUACAUAUUACUGUUGUGAAUGUUUGUGUGUGACCUACUUGUAAUUGGCGUGAAGUGUAGCAGACGGCCUCAGGACGAGCGUCAUUGAGGGGACAGCGUAAGAAGUAUCUUUCUGCAAUCAGCGAUGGACAGUAGUCAGACUCCUGUUUCAGAGCCUCGUGAAUUAAAAGUUAGGUGGACGAAAGUGUGUUCUUUAGGUUUAUACUGAAGGGCUUAGAUGAAUAGGUCGAACGCUGAAUGAGGUGGACUCUCUGUCCUGAGAAAAGAGGCACGUGUACACCAUAACAAAUCUGCGAACCACAAGUACCCACCAAAAAACGGCAAAGAAUAUUUUUUAGUGGGUGUUGUGGUUUUUUUCCCAUCAUUGUAGGCAAAUUUUCUAAACCCUUUGCAUAAAGAACAAAACAAAAGCCAAGCAUAUGAGUCUUUCUUAACAGACAGGUCUUAGGGGAUGUAAAAUGUGAAUUUUAAUAAUGAUUUCUUUAUAUUUUCACUUGGUGUCAUUGCAAAACUUGAGACUCACACUCAAAAUGAGAGGUUUCUUCUACGAAUUCUUUCAUUAAAAUACCAUACGUUUCUCUUAAAAUCACAUUAAACCGUGAAAUUUAA